UCUAAAUAAAAAUAAUCAAACCACCGAUAGUAAGAGCUACUUAAAAGUAAACCACUCCCAGGGAACUCUACAAAAGCUGAAAGUCAUGUGCUAGCCAACGAUCAGUUGGCAUCAGAUCGUCGGAAACACAAGUAUUAUGUACCAACCUGUGGUUGUUUUAUUAACCCUGGCUACUCUGGCCUUGGGAAGCUAUUCGGCAGCAGUGGUUGGACCCAUUGAUUUCUACAAGCUAUACGAUAAUCCAGAGGCUCACUUAGCCCUCAAGGAUAAAGCGACUACGGCCGAUCGCACUGCCUUGCAUGGAUAUCCUUCGGAGCACCACCACAUUCCCACCAAAGAUGGUUAUGUCCUGGGAGUGUUCCGUAUUCCCUACUCCCAUAAGUUGCAGAACCAGAAUGCAAAGCGACCCAUUGUGUUCCUUCAGCAUGGACUGGGGAGCUGCUCAGAUGCCUGGAUUUUGCAAGGACCCAAUGAUAGUCUGCCAUAUAUGUUGGCUGAUGCAGGAUACGAUGUGUGGAUGGGCAAUGCUCGAGGCACUUCCUAUUCCAGAAACCACACGAAACUCUCCCCGGACCACCCAACAUUCUGGCAAUUUAGUUGGCAUGAGAUCGCCAUCUACGAUAUAACCGCCAUUAUUGAUUAUGCCCUGAAUACGGAAAAUGGCAAGGGUCAGGAUGCCAUCCACUAUGUGGGCCAUUCGCAGGGAACUACGGUCUUCUUUGCCCUGAUGUCCUGGCUACCGGAAUAUAAUGACAAAAUCAAGACCGCCCACUUGUUUGCCCCGGUGGCAGUCAUGAAGAAUUUGUCCAGUCGAUUGGUGCGCUCCGUCGGUCCCUAUUUGGGCCAUAAGAACGCCUAUUCGACACUUUUUGGCUCUCAGGAAUUCCUGCCGCAUAAUGAGUUCGUUAUGGCCCUGUUCUUCAAUAUCUGUCAGCCGGAUUUUAUGCUGCGUCCGGUUUGCGAAGGUGCCGUGGAGAAACUCUACGCCGGAGGUCGUGUCAACAUGUCUGCUAUGCCGGAAGCCAUGGCCACACAUCCUGCGGGCUGUUCCACGGAUCAAAUGCUGCACUACCUGCAGGAGCAGCAAUCGGGCUACUUCCGACAAUUUGACCACGGCACCAAGAAGAAUCUGGAACUAUACGGAUCCGAGGAUCCUCCAGAGUAUCCCGUGGAGCAAAUCAAAUCCCUGGUGCACUUGUGGUACGCAGAGAGCGAUGACCUGGCCGCUGUGGAGGAUGUGGAGGCCAUAGCCGAACGACUUCCCAAUAAGGUGAUGCAUUUCAUGGAGGACCCAGAGUGGAACCAUGGCGAUUUCGCUUUGAAUCGGGAGGUUCGCGAGUAUGUCAACGAGCCUGUAAUUGCCAUAAUGGAGGAAUACGAGUUAAAGAACAGUGGAUCGUGAUUAAAAGACAAAAACAAACUGAAAAUGAUUUAUAUUAAAUGUUUAACAAAACUCAGACAGUGGGAAAACGAUUUGCUAUGGAACAAAAGUUGUUUUUGAAUUAAUAAAAAGAGGAUACGUAAAAUGAAGGCAGAAAAGAGCUCGUUAUUAGAAGUUCGAUGGUACGUUAGUACAUUUGUGAGUCGCCACUGGGAAAAACGGUUGAAAACAAUUGUUAAAAAAAUCAAAAACCGCUUAGAAAAUCAUGGUAAAAACAGAACGUCCUGUUAUGAAUUAUGAAUGAACAAAUAAUUAAAACUUUGUUGCCCUGUGUAAUCAAUGCUGCUGCAUUUUAAUACAAGCUGAUCAACACUCGGUUGUUGAUUCAUGGACUUUGAUUCAGGGCUUUGAUUAUUUAAUAUAAAUUUAUAUUCCCUCCUCAACCU